CUGUGGAGUAGAGCGCGCGAGAGAGUUCUUGGUGGUCUUAUCUAGGAUGACAGUCUGUGGCUGGGCAGUAUGCGGCGGUGCAGCAGUUGAGUGCUCUAUUUUCUCCUCAAUUUAUUGUGCAUGUCGCUUCGUUUAGAUUUAUUGUGGGACUGCGCCUUGCCACGUUUGUCCGAACCGACUUCUGAGCGGUAGUGGCAGCUUGGGACCACCACUGAGAUUUACGAGUCGACCAACAGUACCUAGGCUCCAGUGCUCGAGAGCGGAAAUUUAUCUAACACAAACUCUGCAACCUUGCAAACAGCGCUCUGAGCGGAGGUGCAAGAGUCGGGAACACGACACAGCUCUGACGGAGACGGAGAGCUGACUGCGGACUUGCUUGGUACGUGAGGACGACGGGCCAUGGCCUCCCUGGACGACGGCACGGAUCCGGAGCAGGAUCGCGCUGACCUGGUGACAUGGCUGCAAGCCUAUGACCUGCAGGGUUUGCACUCCACUCUGGUCGACUUCGGAUAUGAUAAGCUCACGCUUUGCACGCUUUUGGACGAGACCACCCUGGAAGAGAUGGGAAUAAAGAGCCGUGCGCACCUCGAAACCCUGCUCACAGCAGUAAAUGAUUUGAAGCAGCUGGACGCUGAUGUGGACGAGUAUGACGACGGUUGGAGUUCGCAGGAAGAGAGCGACGAGAAGACUGAACCUGUCAACGACGCAGUCAAUGGUGAGGACACUGGCGCCAUGGUCUCCACGAUGCGAUUCUUGUCCGGACUCGACUCUGGGAAACUGGAGGAAUCCUACCGGGAAUCCUUUGUAGACGAUUCAGUUCCUGACGCUGAUCUCUCACUGCCUCCUCCACCGCCGCCGAUUUCCGCGCCCGCAGAUCAUCAGUAUGCAGAAAUCCCCGUACCACCACCACCUCCCCCAGUGGUCACUGCACACGCGUCCGGCGACGACCUCGAAGAGAAAACAACUUCUAGCUUUCUGGCAAGUUUAGGCUCAUCGAUGGGUAGUUUUCUGGGCGGAGAUACCUUUGAUGAUAUGGAUGGUCCUCCCAUUACCCCCAAGCCCAAACCUGCGCCGCGGUCUCCUAAAGCUUCUAACCGCGACCUCAGUGAACCGCCCCCAGUUCCGUCUACCGCACGCCCGACGCCGCCUCCCGAAAGGCCACCCGUUGAGAGGCAAAUGUCUGGUCCUAAGCCAGCUGCAGCACCCCGGAAGCCUAAACCGCCACCGCCAUCGCGGGAUGAGAGUAGUCUAGCACCCUCAGCCUCGCCCGAUAAACCCGCUGCCAGUCCUAAAUCUGCGCUAAAAGCACCAACGACUAGCACGGCUCCCUUCGACCUGUAUGCUUCCGUAAACAAACCGACUGGCGAGGCACCUGGUAAAGAUCUCCCUCCGGUGAAGUCUGCAGGCCCACCGCCGGCUGCAAAGUCCAAACCAGUGACGAAACCAAAAGGCGUGUCGAUUGUGGAGCCAGAGAAGUCGGUCAAGCGCAGUCCAAGUGAUUCGAAAUUGAAAGAUCCAAAGGACAGACGGUCAAUGGUGGAUAUCCAAGGAGGUGAUGUGGACCUGGAUGCUUUGCUUGCUGACCUGCUGGAAAUGGAGAAUGCAGGCGCUGGUAGCAGCAGCAGUGGAUCACCUGUGAAGUCCUCUACAGCUCCGGUCUCGCGGCCAGUCAUUCAGAAGCCAGCACCUGCUCCUCUCGACGAGGACGAGUUCUCUCGGCUGAUGGCAGAGAUGGACAUGAUGAGCAAUUCGUCCUCGCUGCAGCCUCAGUCAGAUCCUGCUGCUGGACGCGUCUCGUCCGACCUUUCCAGAGAGAUCACCAAGCUAAGUGGAGGAGGAAAGGUCAUCCAGCCUGUGUCUGCCGAAGACAUGUCUACAUCGGUGAUUACGGCAAGCCUCCUGGGCAGCGACAACCAGUUUGAGACGGCGCCGUCACCGAGUGUUGAGGAUGACCUGGAGGCACUAAGCCGUGAUCUAGGUGCAUCGACGUCUUCACGGCUGUCGGGAUCUUUUGUGUCCUCGAUAUUUGGCAGUGACAGUAGCACACGGAGAACAUCGGAUGAGGCAGUGAGCCCACCAAGUGAUGACAGAAGACCAUCUGGUGACGUGUUCAAACAGAGCAAAGAGCCGGUCAUGCGCCAGCCCUCCGACUUCCGGCGGCCGUCCGAAUCUCCCAGUGUCACGCCCGGCUUUGAUGUUGAGGUUCGUGAAGUGCGUAACACCGCCAUUGUCAAGCUGCCUGAGAAGCCACAGGAGCGUCUUGAGCGCGAGUUGGCUCAGCUCAACAAUGGAAACACGGAGAAUUUAUCGGAGGCUGACAAAGAUGCACGUCUGAAGGCUCUCAAGGUCCAGAUGGCCGUGGAGAAACUAAAAGAAGCUAAAGUCAAGAAGGUCGUCCUCAAGGCAUAUAACGAUGAUGGUAGCUCCAAGAUGAUCGUCAUUGACGACAAGAUGACAGCUCGGGAGGUGUGCAGUCGCCUGAUGAAGAAGAACCGCGUCCAGCCAGGCCCGAAUUAUGUUCUAAUUGAGCAACUGACUGAGCACUACAUUGAGCGACGCUUAGAGGACCAUGACCUAGUGGUGCCGGUCCUGGAUAGCUGGCCACGGGAAAGCAACAACAGCAUUGCGUUCACCAACAAACCGGACAAGUACAUGCUACUGAAGAGACCACAGCUAUUUAUGCCAUCAAGCCAUGCGUACGCACCAGGAAAGAAGACGGCAGUGAAGGAAUCUACAAAGCGUGAUAUCAUUAUGAAGGAGCUGUUUGUUGCCCAAACCCUGCCCGACAUUGAAGGCUACCUGAUGUACAAGGAAGGCCGGAAGGGCAACUGGAAGAAGCAGUACUUUAGCUUGCGCAAGUCUGGCCUCUACUACUCGCACAAAGGAAAGGCUGCGGCCAUGAAGGAUCUGCAUCGUCUUGCGGAACUGAAGGAUAUGGAUGUGUAUACCGGCCAUGCGUACCGCAGGAAGUACAAAGCAAACACUGAGUUUUGCUUUUCGUUGAAGCCUGCUGGACCGCUGGACAUAACGGAGAGGAAGAUGAGGCACUUCUGUGCAGAGACGCGACAGGAGCAGAAUUCCUGGAUUCAAGGAAUUCGAUUGGCGAAGCUGGGCAAUUCUCUCCUUGAGGAUUACGAACUGACGUACAAGCAGAUGCCAUGGUUAUCACGUGAGACGGAGGAAGAAAUUGAUGGCAUCAUUCGCCUCCAGGAGGAAUCCACCGAGGACGACAAGCGAGACAGGACGGGCACCCUUGGCCGCUUACGGCGUGGCACGCAAAAGAAGCAAGGCGAACAUGCUGCCCAGGACCUUGCCGCUCGGUCGGAGAUGGCAACCUCGUCUGGCUCUCCUAUUGCAUCACGCCCUGUCUCGACAGUAUCCGUGGAUGAUCCUGACGGCCCGGAACGAACCACGUGGCAGAAGCAGUUUGGGCAAGCCUGGAAAUCAGCUGCUGAAGAUGACAAUGGAGGUAUGAGAAUCAGCCUGGAUGAUCUACCACCCACACCGAAGACCACAGCGACACCGUACACAUCGGAGUUCGCACCAGGCGACGAAGAUGGAAUGUACAAUCUUCGGCUAUACUAAGAAGUACUGAGAAGUAGGCACGACAAACUGCUUCCGCCAACAACGUACAAGUUGUCGUUGGGCAAUUCAGUUGCCAUGAGGAUUACAUAAAUAGUUUACGACUUUUCAAAAAAAAAUCACCAAAUCAUAGCAUCCCGUCACACUUCAAUAUCAUCUAUGUGUAUGUGAGUGGUGGAUCAAGCAGGUGUAUACUGUAUCAUAUAAUGGACAACAGCUACAACAACGUGAACAAUUAUUAUAUAUUACCACUGUUCUUUUUCUUGAUGUACAUAUCUUCUAGCUACGCUGUCUCUUCUUGUGUAUACUGGCGUGAUCCAGUUGUCGUGGCUUAGAAUUGCUGGAUAAAAUGAACAAUUGUUACUGUUAUACCACCGCCGCCGCUCUGGCUGAUCCUUUGCACCAUCUGCUGUCUAACGUUAUCAGCUGUCAUGUGCAUUGCGCCCUUGUCCUGCCUGAGCCUCUUCACAGCAACGUUCAUUUGCUACCUCCAUAUUGUACUCAGAUACGUCCUUCUUGAGCUUUUCUCGUACGUGCCCGUUACUGCUGCUCUCUGUUGCUGUUGUUUUUGCACACUUUACACUCUCACUUGGUCCGCCAGUCCUCCAGAGCUAUCUGUACCCAGGACACCACAAGAACAAAACGAGAGUAUUGUUUGUCUUCUUCCCUGA